GGGACUUCCUGCCAGCAGCUGAGGAGGAGGAGGCGGAGGAGGGGCCGGCGGCGGUGGUGAUGCGGGUGCCACCGCCGCCCGAGCCUCCGCGCACUUUGCCUUUCUCUGCGGCCGCAUCCUUCGCGCCUCUACCGCCUCGCCUGAAGAUAGGGCCCUGGAUCCAACCGCUCCCUCCCGGGACGAGCUAACGGCAACCGCCAAAAAACAACGGAAGCAGGUCGCGGCUGCCGUACGAGGCAGCGUGGACGACCUGGCCGCGUGUGUCGUACGGCACUUGCUACGGGCCAUGGCGCUAGCGGGAUCUGGUACGGCAAGGCUUAAUACGCCGGCUGCUAGGUGCGCUAGUGGACUCAGCGAUGCUGAUGUUGACGAUGACGACGAGGACUCUGUUGGCGAAGGCGACGGAGGCGCGCUGGCGGCGAAUCUGCGUCUCCACGUUCCCGUCGUACUUUCCGUACUGCGGUCCAGCGCCGCCGCCGCUGCUGCCUUCCGUGAGGGCUGGCGUGCGGUGCCGCUGGGUCUGUUCCUGCCCUGGGCGGAACAGAUGAUCUCCAUGCUGGGAGAUGCCGACAGCAACAGCACCGGUCCUACCGCUACCGCUGUCUCCGCCUCCACCGCCGUCGACCCGCUCCUCGGCCCGCUGACGGCGCUGGCGCUGUCGUACCCUCAGCGGCUGUACGCUCCGCUGCGGAUGAGCUGGCAGCGCUUCCGCUCUGCCGCUCGGUCCGCCGCCGCGCCGCUGCUGGAGGCCAGCGAGUGCCCGGUGGUGGGGGAGCUGGUGGGGGCGCUGGACGAGAUGACGUACCCGGCACAGAGG